AUGAACGCUCACGCGCUCCUCUCCUCCCAGGGGUGGCGGGGAACUGGCCACUCUCUCCAUAAAACCGACGACUCGAUCGGACUCGCGAAACCCCUACUGCUCAAUCGCAAAGACAACACGCAAGGAUUGGGUCAAAAGCAACACUUUACAAGCGAUCAAUGGUGGAUGAACGCAUUUGACGAGCAGCUCAAGGGCCUCGACACCUCAAAGAAGGGAAAGGUUGUUCAAACAAUCACGACGGGCAAGCUCAACGUUAUCGACAAGAAUCUUGGCAAAUACUCGGUCUACUCGUCCUUUGUACGAGGAGGAUUCCUCGAAGGAACCAUAGACAAGCUCGAGAUCAAGGACUCGAGCACAGAUUCCUCCUCGGACGAUACUAGCGACCAACAAGACACCGAGAAGGUCAAUGGCAACAAGCCCCGAAAAGAAACCAAGGAAGAGAGAAGGGCGCGGAAGGAAGCCAAGCGAAAGCGCAAGGAGGAGCGUGCCCUGGAGAAGGCCGCGCGCCGAGAGCGCAAAUCCAAGUCGAGAAAGUCGUCACGGUCAGCCAAGUCAUCGGCAGACUCGAGCGAUGCAGACGAAGAGAAGCGCCGCCGACGAGCCAGGAAGGAGGAAAAGAGGAGACAAAGAGCGAAGGAGGCUGCGAAAUAA